AUACGACAGUAUCCAUCACAGGGAGGGUGAUUAGGGACGUACCUGAAUGCCGAGGAUUAGUGAACGGAGGGAUUACGCGCGGAGGGAGCAUCGAUCAAGCAGUGAAGAACGUGGUGGAUAUAGAAGUCAUGAGAGACCGUACCGUAGAUCUCCACCAAGAUGCUUCAGUUGUGACGAGCGUGGACAUUACGCAAACCAAUGCCCCAACAGGGCUCGACCGUCGACGUCGCACGAUACCCGCAGGGGAAGGUCGACAUCUCCAAAUGCUGUCUCAAAAGCGAAGAAUGAUGAAGCUGAAGCCCUGCAGCGGCAGAUCGAAGAAUUGAACCGAAGCUUGGCCUCGGUUUCAGAGUUCGUUCGGUGCGAGAAGGCGAAGAAAGCUGAAGAAGAGAGACUACGUAAGGAAGCGGAGGAAGAACAGGAGCAUAUCCGUGAAGAGAAAGAAACCCGUGAGAAGAAGGAGAAGAAGCGAUUAGCCAAGCUACAGAAAGACGCGGAGAGAGAGGCGGAGAUUGACAAGAGAUUUGAGAUUCGAAUGGCGAUUCGAACGGGUGAUUUUUUCGAACGGAUGGAGGCCAACCUUGGCUCGGCGGUGGAAUUCGCAAAGAAGGUUAAAGGCAAGAAGAAGGUCGUGGUACUAUCGGAAGAAGACUCCGAACAUGCGAGCAGUAGUAGUGAGACCGAGAGACUGCGCAAGAAGAUGGGGAGGUUGACGAUCAAUGAGAAGCGUAAGAGGGGCCCUGAGCCUGUCUUUGAUGAUAGCCGUCAGAUGAUCACUCCAUCAAAAAGAACUCCCAGGACGCAGACAACAAAAGGAGGAGCGACGACUGGGCGCAUCACAAGAUCGAAACACAAGAUUAAAACCAAGUUGUCUCCCUACGUGGAGAAGAACAAUACAAGCCCGUCGAAUAUUUUGGCGAAGCUGCGUUUUCGAAACCAAGUCAUGGAGGAGAUUCGUUGCCUAGACGCCCAAGAACUCCAGUCGAUAUGCAAGAACGAAGGAGUGACCUACAACGGUACAUGGAGGAGAUUCGUUGCCUAGACGCUCAAGAACUCCAGUCGAUAUGCAAGAACGAAGGAGUGACCUACAACGGUAAGAUCAAGGCGAUCUU